CUCGUGUGAGCUCCCGCAAACAAACCCGGAAGUUGCAAUCAAAGCCUUCAUUUUUCGUUUCAACGUGACACAUAAGUUAUUAUAAAAGGCCAAAACGCAAUAAUAUCCGUGUUUUGAGUGACUGUAGUGAAUUGUUUUCUUUUUCUCUCUGGUACCUGUGUGUGUGCUGCAGCUCCGGGGAAAGAACUUGUGAUAGCGACGGACAUGCGCGGAGCUGCAGCGAACAUGGCGGCCUGCAUCUGACAGAAAGUGAGGGCUCCACCAUCAAAAUACGCGGCUCCAACGGUAAGAGCCUGUCUGACUUCCUCUGCUGGAGCAGGAUAACAUCUUGGUCAUCAUGGGCCGAACGCUACACAAAGAUCAGAAAGAGGAGAAGAAGGAGAGGCCGAGCAGUAUCGGUGCAGGCUCUGCACUUGACAAAUCUAACGAGCCUUUCAGUUGGGAAGACUAUCUGAGAGAAACAUCGUCUAUUGCCGCCUCACCCACUUGUUUCAAACAGUCCAGAAUCCCACCCUGCAAUGACUUCAAGGCGGGCAUGAAACUCGAGGCUCGUGAUCCUCGUAAUUCCAACUCUGUGUGCAUCGCGACGGUGAUGGGCAUGAUGGGUACUCGCUUACGCCUGCGUCUGGAUGGCAGUGACAACACUAACGACUUCUGGAGACUGGUGGACUCAUCCGACAUCCAACCGAUAGGGACCUGUGAAAGGAACGGAGACAUGCUGCAGCCCCCGCUAGGUUUCAGAAUGAACGCUUCAUCGUGGCCUAUGUUCCUCCUACGGACGCUGAGUGGAGCAGAAAUGGCACCAGCCUCUGCGUUUAAGAAGGAGCCACCAAGCCCCAUUAAAAACUACUUUCAACCUGGUAUGAAGCUGGAAGCUGUGGACAAGAAGAACCCUUACCUGAUUUGUCCCGCCACAGUGGGCGAGGUCAAAGGCCAAGAGAUCUUUGUCAUGUUUGACGGCUGGCGAGGUGCCUUUGACUACUGGUGCCCCUUCGACUCCAGAGACAUCUUCCCUGUCGGCUGGUGUGCCUUGACGAAACACAGUUUACAACCACCCGGAAACUUCUUUACCCUCCCAGGUGCUCUCCUCGCCCCUGUUUCCUCCCCCUCAGCCUCCCUCACGACACGUCGCUCCACGUCUAACUCCUCCUCUUCGGCCAUGCAAACUUCAUACAGACUGCCAAACCCAUUGCCCCCGCUCCCGGUGCGAAAGGGUGUCAGAGGUCGCCGACCUAAGUCACAGACUAUCGCUUUGUUGAAGGCAGCAGCUGAGGCUGCGGCGGCUGCAGCAGUAAAUGGAGCAUCAGAGAGCCCUGUCAGGACCACUCAACUGACCCCCAGACCACACAGGAAGCGAGGGCCCAAGCCUGGGAGCAAGAGGAAGUCUCGGAUGGUGCAGUCGCUGGGGUCAUCGGCUAUUAAAGCUACUCCUCCAGAGACCAGACUGAGCUCCAGCCAUGUCUCAGUAGACAACCACCAUAGCAACAGCUCAAGCGUAGUCUGUACAGUAUGUGUGUAUGUCAACAAACAUGGAGACUACGGCCCCCAUCUUGACCGUAAACUAGUGCAGCAGCUUCCAGACCACUUUGGCCCAGCUCCUGUCAACGCUGUACUUCAGCAGGCCGUUCAGGCCUGUGUGGACUGUACGUACCAGCCCUCUGUGCUGCUGUCGUUCCUGCAGAGCCAGUCCCAUACAGGAGGCGAAGUCAUCCGAGUACGCUCUGAGCAUGGUAUCCGCUACGUGAAGCUCCCUUCUGUCACCAGUGCGUCCACCGUGUUGAGGUUCUUGGAAAACAUGUGUCAGCACCUGGAGAGUGUCAGUUUGUUCAGCUCACAGCCUUUCAGCCCUUACAACAAAAACACACGCUUCUUCGAAAGGACAAAGUCAGAACCGCUGUCCCACACAGAAAACGGCUUGUCAAAAGAUGAUUCCACAAAGGAUUCUGUUCCCAAAGCGCGAUCUCCUCACGUAUCAGCGGACUAUCGAGCGACGAAGAGGGAACGGCCGUAUUACACCUCACACUCACACACACCUCCACCUCUUCGGAGAGUCAGCUCUAACCCAACUGAACACGGUCCAGUGGCUACACACAGACGUGUGGAGGCAGCUAGCUCAACAACAGGCCCAGACCAGGUGACACAGGACAAGGAAGGUUCCGGGAACAAUGCCUCUUCUUGGUCAGUUGAUGAAGUGAUCCGGUUUGUCCAGGAGGCCGAUCCACAAACUCUCGGCCCGCACGUCGAACUGUUUCGGAAGCAUGAGAUUGAUGGAAGGGCUUUGAUGCUUUUGCGCAGUGAUGUUAUUAUGAAGUACAUGGGACUGAAGUUGGGCCCAGCACUCAAACUCUGUCAUCACAUCGAGAAGCUGAAACAGACCAAACAAUGAAGACUGGAUGUAUUCUCUUCUCACUGGCAAACACACAUGCGUAUUCUUUUACAGGGAUGCAGUGCAGAAGGAACCCACCUUAACAUCAGUCUUUGCGGCAUUUAAUGUACAUAGCGUAUGUGCAUUUGGGAAGUUUUAACAAUCCUGAUGCUACUGUCAAUCAACAGCUUACACAUUGUUGGUGUUGUUCCAAACAUUCAAGCUGAUAAACUGGAUGGUUCGGUUAACGAAAUGACCCACUGAAGGUUUCAACAUUUUGGACUUUGUAGCGUUGGCUUUUAACAACACAAACAUUUGGAGAAAUAUGACAUCACAAAUCCAAUUCAUAGAUUCCGAUUUUUGGUCUUUGUUUCAGGGUGGAGGUGCACUCAUGGCCUCAGUGUUGUUUGGUCUGAUAUAAUCUAUUUUUUUUGUUACUUACCAAAUAUUUACUUUACAUUAAAGCAGUACAGUUUCUGAUUAUUAGCCUUGUUGUGAUUAGUAUCCAAUAUAUGAGGCAUGUUUUUUGUAUUCGUCGUUUUGCCUUAGCAUGAGCAUCAGGCCAUAAUUUAAUUACAUUAAUUACCUUCUAAACACUCAACCUCAGACAGACACUGUAGCUUUGCCGUUUAAACAUUUUCACACCGACAGCGACUGCAUCGCUGUGGUGUUGGCUACCAAUGCAAUAAGAUUUCUGACUGAUUGCUUCUUUGAAUGUAAUAAGUCAUCAAAAAAGGUACUGGACUGCCUCAGUUAUGUGAAUAGACGUGUUGGGAGGUGUCCAGAUGUUGGACAGCAGCUUGUUUGUGAAGUCAUGCACAAUUCAGCAUCUUCAUUCAUUUUGCUGAAGAUCUUGCACUCAUGUUGUAGUUGUAGACAAUUUGUUACUUGUCUAUGUUUCAUGUGCUCAACAGUUUCAGCUUGAGUUUGACUUUACUUGUAUUACAGUACGUUUUGACAGUUGCAUACAUUUACCAUGACUGGGACUGAGUGUUGACAAUGAAGUAAAAGCAGCAAGGCAACUUAACUGCCCUGCUGUUCAAAAACUUAGUGUUCCUGAGACAGAGGGACGUGUGUUCAUUGCCAAAACCUUUUAUUUUUAUUUUAAAUCAGUUUAUAGUGUAAUAAAGUGUAUCAAGUGUAAGUGUUAUAAUUUUGUCUGCCUGAUAUUUACAUUGUGACAGAGUAAUUAUUGAUUUUGUUAUUUGCAAAUUAGUUUUUCUUAGCAGCAACCAAAUCCAUUUUUUGUUGUAGUCUCAUUUCACAAUGUUGCUCUCCUAUUGUGGUAACAAGUUAAUACUUGAAGCCUUGCUCUUGCUUUAAUGUGAAACUCAGGUUUUAGUAGUUUCUUAGAUGCUGUUUUACAGUAGCAUAUGUGUUCAUACUCCAUCAUAGAGGAUCUACACUAUAACCAAGUAUGUAUAUUUGAAAUGCCUUGUCAUAUAUUGCCCUGCAGCAUCUUUUGUGUACAUAUACAACUUUUUACUCUUAAGCUAAAAAAAUGUUAUAUACAGUAUGUUUGA